AUGGAGGCCCGGAAGGUAGUCGAAGGCGUUCAAGCCAUUUACGGGGGCCAACCGACGGAUGGAACCCUCCGGUUGACCGACUUCCACCUCGUCUUCUGCGCGCCAGUUAAGCCGCCCACGGAGGAUGCCAGCACGCCCCCCAAGACUCGUGAGAAAUGGAUUCCGUUCCCCAUGGUCACGUACUGUGUCUUCCGGCCGGUCCCCCUCACCUCUCGACAAGCUCCCUCGAUCCGGGUACGAUGUCGGGACUUCUCGUUUGUAACCUUCAACUUCCCCGACAACGACGCCGCCCGCGAAACGUUGAACUUUGUCAAGUCUCGAACAUGCAAGCUUGGCACUAUCGAGAAGCUGUACGCUUUCAAUCAUAAGCCUCUGAAGCUGGAGCGGGACAUCAAUGGGUGGAACUUUUACGAUGCGAAGGCCGAAUUCCGGAGGCAGGGUAUCAGCGAGAAGCUCCCGGACAAGGGUUGGAGGAUUACCACCAUCAACCAAGAUUAUUCUUUCUGCGACACAUAUCCCAGUGUUCUGGUGGUUCCCUUGAAGAUUUCGGAUAACGUCCUCAAAUAUGCCAAAGAUUUCAGGUCGCGCCAUCGGAUCCCAGCACUAUCUUAUAUACAUCCUGUCAACAACUGUACAAUCACCCGGAGUUCUCAGCCAUUUGCGGGGCCUCUACGUAAAACAAAUAUCCAGGAUGAGAAGUUGGUCGCCGCGUCUUUCUCAGCAUCCUUGAACCCUUCCUCGGAAGACAGCACACCCGUGUCCAGCCAGAUCGAUUCUUCUGAUGAGAUCCCUCAGCCACAAUUAGAGCUAUCUGACACCGAACGUUUUGAAGACGAGCUUAUUUCAAAAUCAACAACCUUCUACGAUGAAGCAACUGGCAAGAGGUUGGUUUACGGGGCGCAACAGAAUAAUCUGAUUGUCGACGCCCGGCCCCAGGUCAAUGCAGUGAUCAACCAACUCGGAGGCAUGGGCUCUGAGAAUAUUGAGCGAUACAAGUUUGCGCAAAAGAUCUUUCUCAAUAUUGAAAAUAUUCAUGUUAUGCGCAAAUCCCUCAACAGAGUGGUGGACGCUUUGAAAGAUGCCGACAUCUCUCCCUUGCCGCCCAACCGCGAAAUCUUGCGGCAAAGCGACUGGCUGAAACAUAUUCAUGACGUUUUAGAUGGCUCUGGAAUUAUCGCUAGACAGGUUGGGAUCAAUUCUGCAAAUGUACUUAUCCAUUGUUCUGACGGGUGGGAUCGAACAAGCCAACUGAGUGCCUUGUCUCAAAUCAUGCUCGAUCCAUUCUACCGUACCAUCGAGGGCUUCAUCAUCCUUGUUGAAAAGGACUGGCUCUCCUUCGGCCACAUGUUCAGACUACGUUCUGGCCACUUAAGCCAUGAGGAUUGGUUUGUUACACAGAAGGAUGCGUUUGCAGGGGCCACCGUUCAGCCUGGCGAAAAUGAUGGCCGCGGUGACGCAUUCCAAAAUGUACUAAGUGGUGCAAAACGGUUCUUCAAUCAGAAUUCCGCUGAUAACGGAGACGCUGAUACGAUUAGUGAGCUGGCAUCUGGCGAAGUUGUCAAAGAAGAAGCGACCUCACCAAAGAUGGUGAGCCCCGUCUUUCACCAGUUCCUCGAUUGCGUCUAUCAGCUCCAGAGACAACACAAAACUAGGUUCGAGUUUAAUGAGCGCUUCUUGAGGCGCUUGCUAUAUCACCUGUACUCAUGCCAGUAUGGAACCUUCCUAUACAAUUCAGAGAAGCAGAGGAAAGACGCUCGGGCUGCUGAGAGAACAUCCUCGGUUUGGGAUUAUUUCCUUUGCCGGAAGCAAGAAUUCACCAACCCUGACUAUGACCCGACAAUCAAUGAUCAUAUCAAGGGCCAGGAGCGCAUAAUUUUACCAAAACUCAAGGAGAUCCGAUGGUGGUACCAAUUAUUCGGACGCACAGACGAUGAGAUGAAUGGAGAUCUAAAUGCUGCAGCCGCUGCGGCUAGCGAUAGGCAGGCAGCUGUGUCUAGCCUCCAGUAUCCCAGUGUUGCUCAAGCCGAUAAUGGGACUAGGUCGCCCCCAAGUUUGAGCUCCAGUCAAUCUGUUCUAACGGGUGUUGAGUCAGCCCAUGAUGCUUUGACACCUGAAAACGCCAGGCACUCACUUCGACGAAGUGCAUCUGUAGAAGGGCCAAGCCCCUUCUCUGCCAUACGGGAUGGAAUUGCCGGUCUGAAUUUAGGCAAGGGACUGCUCGGGAACUUUGGCCAAAGUGAGCAACCUGCAGGUUCUCUGAGAACCAAUCGCAGCAAUCAGGAGCUGCGAGAGAUGACCUAG